AUGAACCCUGAAGAGCUUCUACUUUCUUUGCAUAAGCGCGAUCAAUUUGGCCUCCUGCAUUUAUGCCGCAGGCGUGCCUUAACCUGUGUACUUGAAAAUCCUACCAUUUCCUGCCGAGCUCCUUUAGGGGCCAACCUCGUUGCCCCCAACUGCAGGUCUGUUCUCCUCCCAGCUUAG